AUGGUGCAAGGUCCGAGGUAUCGGCGAACUUUCCUGCUGGUUCUUACCACCCUCUUCCUCUACUUCACCCUCCGCAGAACUGUCUUCUCCUCCUCCGCAGACAAUGAUUCCUCAGAAUCAAUACAAAAUGGCAUUCCGACCACCGCAAAACACGGCGAGUUUUGGGUGACCUUCCAUGAGAUCUUAAAGGCUGCUGAGCCGCACUGCAAGUCGCCUAAACGGAUAGAAGACCAUCCCGCCGCAAUUGGCUUCAAGCCCGACCAGAUAGACAAUGUCACCUUACCGGAACAUAUUAUUGUGGACAGGGAGGACAGGGCGAUAUUGAAGAAGGCCCACUUGCUAUUUACCAGCUUUCUUUCAGACUCAACAGCGCCUAGACUGCAGUACACUCCGGGCACUAAGGGUAUCGUGUCUACCGCAGGGGGGAAAUAUCUUCCCGUACUAGUAACCUCGCUGCAUAUGCUGCGGAAGACAGGCUCAGACUUGCCUGCUGAAAUAUUCGUGGCGGACAAAAGUGAAUACGAUGAAUACGUCUGCGGCGUACUUCUGCCUUCAAUGAACGCGAAAUGCGUCAUCCUGGCAGAAAUCUUGGAUUUCUCACCGUUAGACGAGGGUCUAAAGAAGUACCAAUUCAAGAUCUUCUCACUCCUUUUUUCCUCUUUCGAGCAGGUACUCUUCCUCGACGCGGAUGCUUUCCCCAUGCACAACCCAAUCCACCUAUUCAACUCAGAUCCCUUCAUUUCAACAGGCAUGGUUACCUGGCCCGACUUCUGGCAGGUUACCUAUCAUCCUUCAUUCUUCGAAGUCUCAUCCCAAAAAGUCCCAACGGGAUUUAGCCACGCAUCCACAGAAUCUGGCCAGGUCCUUGUAUCCAAGAAAUCCCACGCGAAAAUGCUCCUGCUAUCAGCUUAUUACAACUUCUAUGGCCCGUCGCAUUACUAUCUCUUACUAUCUCAGGGUCACCCAGGUGAAGGAGACAAAGAAACUUUCAUUGCCCCCGCCAUGAUCCUGAAUCUCCCAUUCUACGCCGUCUCCACCGGACCAGCUGUAUUCGGCUACCGAAAACCCAACGGGGAAUGGGAAGGCGGCGUGAUCCUCCAAGUCAAUCCGAUAUGGGACUUCAACAUCCCGAAGGGCCAAGUCUACGGCUGGAGCGGCAAACCCAGCUCUCCUCCCGAAUCAUUCAUCACUUGCCACGCCAACCUGCCAAAACUAGACCCAAUGAGCGUCUUUGGUGAAAAAGGACUGGCGUGGGAUGGUGAGGGCAAGCCGCAGCGAAUGUGGGGUCCUGCACGCGAAAUGAUUGCCAAAGUCGGCUUUGAUGUAGAGCGGAGACUUUGGGGGGAGUUGAGGACUACCGCUUGCGAGAUGGAGGGCAAGUUCCAGCCUUGGAAUGAUAAGCCGAAGCUUUGCGAGAAGAUCGGGCAGUUCAUGGCGCAGAUAGGAUAA